AGUUGCUCUUUCUGCAUGUUACGUGAACAGACUAUUUCUGGAUCUGAAAUGCUAUAGCAUGCUAGCAUUUCAAGUCUUCCAUGUGAUAAGUAUGAGUCUAUUUUUACCAAAAUUAUAUGGAUCCCUCCUUGACGUACCUUAGUAAAGGGCAGACAAACUGUACAGGACAAGCAUGCAGCACUGGGGUUCUGUAACUGUUCACUUGCAGCGGCCUUGCAUUCGGCUGUGGAUUUCAGACUGGUAAUAUGGAGGACUUUGAGUACAGUAUCCAGCUUUCUGACAAAGACUGGGAAAAAUUUUUUGUUGAAGCAGAGCAAUGCAGUGAAAUGCAGCCAUCUCUUGCCACCACUGAAGAUCUGCCCGUAGGUGACCCUGACUUACGGGAUUUUUGCUACUCCCCUGAGCUGAUGCAAAGAUUAAAAAACUUUCAAUUACACAUGAACUCAACAGAAAGAACAUUACUACAGAUUCCAAGGAGUUCCAGUGUCACCGAGACAGAAGGAUUAAGUGAACCUGCAUGGUAUGAAACUAAAUGCAGUCACUCUUUAUUUCAAGAUGUUUUAUCAGGGCUUCAACCAACUAAAGAGGAGGAAUUGGACUUGGAAUUACUCAGUAGAUUUAUGUGUACUAACAUAGCUCCAACUAAUCAGGGAAAUAGUUCUGCAAGUCAGCAAUCUCAGCUUAAGAUACAUGUCCAAGGAGAUGUGAUAUCAUUCUCCGAAGCUGCUUCUGGAGGUAAUGCAACUGAUGUUACUCUGAGACAAUGUUCCCAUUUUGCAAAUCCUUCCACCGGAUUAACUCAAGAAGAAUGCCAUCUGAAUAAGAAUCAGAGCGUUAAUUUAUUCCCUGCAAGUGAGCAGCUCACAGUUACAGAUGUGGUGACUGAAAGUAGCAUACAAAGAGCAUUAGCUGCUGUGGCUUUGACAGGACUACACAACACGCCUGCAAUAAACCUUCAGGAAACAAGAACCAUACAAAAUAAUACAUCAGAUCAACAAGAUGGAAUGAUUUUCCCAAAUGAUAACUAUUCAGUUCCAAGUUCUACUCAGCUGAAAUCUGGACUGCUAGGCCCAGCCAGUAAUAUUGUGCAAAGUCCAUUUUUAAACAUUAAUGUCCCUCCUUCUGCUACACAAUCACAACACAAUGAUGCUUCAUCUUCCAGGGAUCUAAACCAUCUGACAGACUCAGAAUCAUUGUGUUCAGACCAGCAUAAAGAAAAUGGGAAUGGAUCUAGCACUGUAAAUUUUGAACAAGCUUGUAAACUACUUAAGGACAGAGGAAAUAACAUUAAAAUUAACAUACCAGAUACUCUCAGUUUCAAAUGGAGCUCUCAGGAGGAUCAUAGCAUAUUCAAAGAUGCUCUGAAAGAUACGAGUGAAAAUGCCUCUAUUGAUUGGAAUCAGGAAUACGCAGACUGUCAGAUUUAUGCAGCAAACAAACUGCAAAAACAGGACACAUAUAAUUCUGAAACACAACACUGCAGCCAUAGACUAAAAGUCCCUGAGUGCAUGGAUACAUUACUAGAGUCAAGACAAACUAACAUAGAAACGCAAGCUUGCAAAUCAGCUGCAAUGGACAGUGGCAGUGAAAGCAUUUCUCAGUUUACAAGACAUGAUAGUAAUGAUGAACAUAGCAUAUCUAAGGGUGCACCAACCACAACAGAAGUUCACAGAGUUGGAAUUUCUGAAUCUGCUUACUUCAAUGUAGGCCCUUGUUGCUCCAGUCUUAGUCAGCUUAAUAUUCACAGAAGCCUUGCUCAUUUUAGGGAAAAUAAGCCACGUUCUUCUGGUGGAUCAUCGCUACUUCCAUGCUCAUCUUGUAAGUCCAGCCAAAAUGACAUUAAUGCCGAUUCCUUACCAGACAUGUAUGAAUACUUCUUAGAUGAUGAUACUCCUUCUCCAACUAGAAAAAAUCUGAAAGAACAAAACAUUUCAGCCUCUCAGGUACCAACCGUUAAUUCGCAAGAUCAGAUAAGCUAUUCUAGUUGUACACCUGACAUGUAUGAAUAUUUCUUCACAGACGAUGAGAUGCAAAAUGACAGUUCUGAAAGUGAAUCUUCUUCGGCACGUUCAUCUCCAGACAUUACAGCUACCGGCUUGUCACUACCUGAAAUGUACGAAUAUUUUCUUACAGAAAAGGAAGACAGCAAAAGACAUCGCUCCUCACACCGGCCCCAACCUGAAAAAGAAAGAUCUCAGCUGAACCCAUUGAGCAUAAAGACAUUAAUACAAAAGCAUUUAGAACAAGUCAAAUUGUCACAUCUGCAGAGCGGACAUAAACACACAUGUGGUACCCUUUGCUCAGUGAACAAAAAGGAAGCAAACCAAUGUUCUCCAUUUGCUACCCCCUUAAUGUUAGAUGAACAGCUAAAAUGCAUGAGCAUGGAGGCACACGAAGGCAGUAUUGCGUGUUCAAGAUCCGGUGAUGAACUUGAAGGAAGGCACACGUCUCGCAUGGCAUUUGAUCAGACAGAUAUGUGUUUAGCAUGCAUUGCACUGGCAUCCUGGGCUACAAAAUCAGCUAAUUUGCAAUCAAAAGAUACAUGGAAAACAGCAUUACUGGCAAACAUAGGUGCAGUUUCUGCGAUUAGAUACUUCCGAAGACAUAUUAAAGAAGAGUGAAAUGAAGAUUAAGCCUCUUUCUUGUCCAAACAUUCUAAGUGCAACAGUGCCAGUGACACCAGAUGAGAAAGUAAUGUACUAAAUGACACGUUCGUGUGUUCCUAGUUGGAGUUCUGUACAGUACUGUUUAGAGCGUGAAUUAAAUGUCAGUGAUUAGGAAACACAAGAAUUAACAACUCUGAAGCUGUUUCUUCUCCCCAAUAUGAAUUCAUUGAAUGAAUGAGUUCAUUCCUCACUCUGCAAGACAUUGCCACUAGUAAACUUCAAUUUAUUUAUAAGUUCAAACUAACAUUAUAAAGUAAAAAGGAUCAUUCAGCUGGAGUUGAAUGGUGUAUUAUUCACUUUAAAGGGAACUAAAGUUAGAUUGUUAACUAGUUUGUUUUGAAGGCUCUACCGUAUAUUUGAGGAAUGAUGGUUGUAAAAAGUGAGAAAGGUAACAAUAUUCCUAUUAAUAAUGGUAAAAUAUUUGUUGUGCCGUGGCUGAAAAAGUACUGGAAAAUGUAAUUAAAUGUACCUUUAGAAGGACAUGCUGCAUUGUGUGCUAAGUACUCUCUGAGUUUGUUGUAUACAAUAAUUGACAGUACUUUUAAAACAUUUAUUUUUUGCUACUAAGGAUACUGGUGUGGUUGUACUUUCAACAUAAUGUGAUCUUUUAACUAAUUAGACAGCAGUGAAUGUUUUUGGAAGGCAACAAAUGAAAGUUUGGAAUUAGAAAGCAGAUGGGGUUUUAACAGGUGUGAUUCAUUUUUAAGAUGGUAUUUUUUUAAGUUACAGAACCCAGAUAAACAGAAGUCGUGGAUUUGUCUCUGCAGCACAACUCCUUAUGCAGAUUUUAGAAUUAUUUGUUUUAUUUGUUGCAGAAUUCACAUUCUUAAUGAACAGAACAACUCCAGAUGUCAUAAUUUGUCACAUCUGUUUGCACUUUAUUUCAGCUGGGAUUAGAAAGAUAAUGACCUUAAUUAUGAUUGUCAAUAAACAGUUGUAAUCUA